AUGUGCGGUCUCUCCAAAUGUGUCACUCGCUACCUGGUGGGAAUGGCAGCGGCCGAUCUCCUGGUCGUUAUCUCCGAUCCGCUGAUGAGGUGGACUGCUGUUAUUUAUUUCCCCCGAUCAUUCCUGCUCAUCACUCCUGUGUGUAGACUCAAUCAUUGGUUGAUUUCUGCGAGCACAGCGGCCUCAGUCUGGCUGACUGUAGCUUUCACCGUCGAUCGAUUUGUGGCUAUUUGCUGUGAGAAGCUGAAAACAAGAUAUUGCACCGAGAGAACGGCGGCUGUGGUUAUCGGGACAGUGAGUGUGCUGGCCUGUUUGGAGGGAGUCCCCUGGAGCUUUGCAUACGGGCCUGGAGAAAUAAUUGAUGGUGUUCCCUGGGGUUGUGUUCGUACACAGAGCUACACAAACACUCCCUCAUGGGCGGCAUUCGACAUGUUUGACCUUAUUUUAACCCCUUGCGCCCCAUUUUUUCUGAUUUUACUGUUCAAUAUUCUGACUGUCAGGCGGAUUCUAGCGGCCAGUCGAGCCCGCAGGGGGCUCCGGGGACAGAAGAGUGGAGAGAAUGACAAGGACCGGGAGAUGGAGAACCGGCGCAAAUCCAUCGUUUUGCUCUUCAGUAUAACCGGUUGUUUCAUAAUGUUCUGGGCAACGUACGUGGUAUUUUACAUCUAUCAACGGAUUUCGAAGAGUUUUGAUUAUUCUUUCACCGAUCCCCGUUACAUCACACAACACACAUCGGAAAUUCUGCAGAUUCUCAGUUCCUGCACAAACACGUGUAUUUACGCCGUGACUCAGAGCAAAUUCCGAGACGAACUAAAGAAUGCGGUGAAAUAUCCAGUGAAUCAGCUUUUGAAACUGUUUAUGAAAUAA